GUUAUUGCUCAAUGCCGACGGAUUGUAUCCCGGUCUUCAGUAGUCCCAAGUAGCCAGUAUAUAUUUAUGGUCUAUGUCAGUACACAAUAUAGAGAAACAGUUGGUAGUUCCUGAGAUAUAUUUUUUUCUGACAGUACAGUAAAGGUCCUUGGUUGCCGGCUGUAUGUGAUGUGUUGUAGGCAUGCAAAAUCUUUCCCUGAGAUUUAUUAUAUUUUUGAGUCUGUAGAAUUUGUAAUUCGAAGAAGUUAAAAUGGAGAAUGAUAUUUUAGACUCUUUAGAAGAUCUAGGGUACACCGGUCCACUGCUUGACGAUUCCUGCUUGGAAAAAGCUUUAGAUGGUGGCCCAAAAUCCGUCGAGUACACGGCCCUUGUGGAAUGGAUAUCAAAAGAACUCCAGACACUUUACCAUUUGGAAGAACAUGUUAACGCUAUCACAACUGCAGAGGAUUCUAGUUCGUUCAUGCUAGAACUCAGUAGUUUCUUGAAGGAGUUGGGAUGCGCAUAUAGCCAACUUACUGGGGGACAUAUGAGUGAAAGACUGGGAUCGAGGAAGAAUCGGAUGUUACUUCUGGACUUUCUUCUGACUGAGCUAGAGGCAGCACGGAUGAUCCAAGUCAAUAAACCAGAUGACUCUAAAACAAUGCAAGUUGAGUUGAGUGAAAGCUCCACUGCAAGUGACCUGAAAAACAUGCUGAUAGCAUUAAAAUUUCCGAAACCUCCAGCAAAUAUUACUCCAGCCCUUUUAUUUGGAAAAGUUGAAACAAAGAUGAAGGAGGUAUUGGCGAAAGCAUCUCCUGAAUUAAUUGGGAAGCCGUUAUUCACAGGUGUUCUAUCGGACAAACAGUGGCACAUCCUAGCUAACUUACAGUCUGAAAUGCAAGACGAGUAUCGUGUACGGAAAGAACUCCUAAUAAAGAGAUUAGAUGUGACUAUACAGUCAUUUCAGUGGUCAGAGCGGAUGCGUGGUAGAGAGGACGAGAUUGCAUCUAUUUUUCUAGUUCGUCGGAAAGCUUUAGACUCUGAGCCAAAUGUCCAUCUUGCUGAUCUUUUAGCAGCUCGAGAAGACCUGGCAGUCAUCGAAAAGACAAGCAGUGCUUCAGUCCGCAAGAACACUCAGUCUUCUAUCAAUAAAGUCAUCAUAGGCAGGGUUCCAGAUAGAGGAGGCCGCCCAAGCGAACAGCAGCCACCCCCACCAGAGAUGCCUAGUUGGCAGCAAUCAAAGCCAGGUGGCGGAGGCCGAGGUGGUUUUGGGGGUGGAGGUGGCGGUGGGAGGGGAGGAGGUGGUGGUGGCGGUGACAGAGGUGGUAGAGUACAAGGUGGAUGGAACACAGGCAAUGCAGGUGGUGGCCGUGGUGGCGGCGGCGGAGGCGGUGGCUACCAAGGUGGUGGCGGCGGAGGUGGUGGCUACCAAGGCGGUGGUUACCAAGGUGGCGGCGGUGGUUACCAAGGUGGUGGUGGUUAUCAGGGAGGGGGUGGAUACCAGGGGGGCGGAGGUGGUUAUCAGGGAGGAGUUUAUUUAAAAAAAAAAGUAAUGUCUCAGUUGUGUAGCAUGAUGUACCUGCUCUAUUUGUGUAUUAAAUUAUUUAGCAUUAUUUUGAAACCCCACAUGCUUCAAAGCAAGAUAUUUGCUCCUGAUCAAAUGGAGUGUGUACUUCAUGUUCGUGUUGAAACCUUAGCAGCUAGUAACACUAUAUAUUGUAUUGAAUAUUUUCCCGUGGCAGUCUUCCAGCAUUCAUUUUGUGAGCAUUCUACAUAUAUAUAUAGUCUAAUGGAAAAAAAGGUGCGCAACAUGAGUGAGGAUUAUGGCAUAUCAGUCACUAAGAUAUGCAGUACUAGUUUAAUUUUCUUUUAUUUACUCUUGCGCAUCUCAGUGGAAACUUUGUUUCCAAAGUAUUUUUAA